GCUUUGAUCCAUUAUUAUUCGAUUGCUAUUAAUUAUCGAAAGAAUGAAAAUGUUGCUCAAUUUGCACAAAAAAAUUUGGACCCAUGGAUUGACGCUGCCAAACUUUACGGAACACAACGAGAUCAAUGGAAAGAGUGUCAAU